GCACUAUGAUGACUUAUUACCCAGCAGAAAUUAACUCAGACGGAUCCAUCUCUGUGAUCCUUCGUGUUAAGUUUAACUUCCAUUCUUGCCAAGAUGGUACACUUACCUGCACAUUUGGAAACUGUGGUGUUGAAAGUACGGUUCUUGUAAAUACCAAGAUUGAGGAAGUGAGUGGUUCUUGGUGUCAGAGCGAAAAAAUCACAACUCAGCUGCUUCCCAACAACUCUCCAUUUUGGAUUGCGUUUACUGGUGGAGAUUGGUUAGGUAAUCGUCAAAACAUUAGAUCCUGGAGAGCAGUGACUGGUGUUGAACUGAGGACCCGAUCCGACACCAACAAACCCAACUCAUCACCACAAACCACCAUCUUUUCAACUCUGAGAGUUCCUUCAAAUUGUCAGAGAAAUAUUAGCCUGUUGGCCUUUGACCCCGAUGGAGACGAGGUUAAAUGCAGAUAUGCCAACAUUUCCUUGUCAGAGUGCGAGACUCCCUGUACACCUCCAUCUGUUCUCAGCCUCUCACCUACCUGCAUCCUGUCAUUCAGAGCAGCUUCCAGCAGUGAUGAAGGCUGGUACGCCGUCCAGAUGGUGAUGGAGGAUUUUCCCCGACAACCCGUCACUCUGACUCAGACUAACGGGUCACAGGAAGUGAAAACUACCAACGAUCCAAUCAGCAAGAUUCCUGUCCAGUUUGCUUUUCAAGUGGAUCCUGCUGCUCUUUCCUGCACAGACGGCGUUUAUCUGCCCAGAUUUGUGUCUCCAACUCCAGAACAUGGAGCUCGGUUCUACAGCCCAGUCAAUCAGACUCUGGAGAUCAAGAUCAGAGCAGAAGCAGCUCAGUCUAACAUCGAUGGGGUCCUGUUCAGCGGGCCGUACAACGUGGUCAAGAAUUCGUCUGGAUCAGGGAACUUCACCCUGAAGUGGACGCCAUCUUUAAGGGAAAAUGGGCAGAGCCACCCCAUCUGUUUCAUUGUCCAAGCAAGUGUCUCCAGUUCUACCUACCAGUCUGAGCUUCGCUGUGUUAUUGUGACGGUUGAAAAAGUUCUUCCAGCUCAUCUUAUGGUUGUGAAGCUGAAGAUCUCCACUACACUGUCACUGAAAGACAAACGAGACGAAAUCGAGAAAGCGAUUAAAGGUAAUCUGGUUGCAGGAGGGCUGCCUGCAGACAUAAAGGUUCACCUGCGCAGCUUCGGUCCAGCUAAUAAAACAUCCGCCCCCUAGUGGCCAAAUAGGAGAAUGAAUCUGAUCCCUGCAGGAAAUAUGAUUUCAUCUGUUUUUACUUCUUGUAUAUUUUAAAUAGCUACUUCAGGGAGUUAUGGUUGCUUUCAGUAAAUUUAGUUUGUAUCAAUAGUUUUUUUAAAUUAUAAAAUAGGGAAACUUUCACAAAUUAUUAUUUUAUGUUAUCAAUAUAAAGUAAACCAAUGUAAAUAAGGUCAAUAUUUGGCAUCAAGUUUUUAUUAAAGCGGAUAUUUACCGAGGGAUUUCUGCUCUGUGUUCAUGUGUAGCAUUUGUAUCUCUGGGAUUUUUAUUCAGUUUAAUAUCUUAAAUGCACUGUAAAACA